AUGGCUACUCAGCACAAGGGCUCUGCCACCGGGCCACAUUCGACGUCAUCUCUAUUUUCACAUUCGCCUCCUAAAAAGGAGGAUCAUCCAAGCAAUCUAUCUUUGGGGGCGCCAUACCGCAGCGCUCGAAGCUGGUGUCCGAAACGGAAAAUUCUGAUCUCGGCAGGGGCCAUUGCCUCUUUCUUGGUGAUCACGUUAACGACCUCGAUAUAUAUUGCAAGUAUCCCGGGAAUCAUGGUGGAGUUCCAUGUUGGACAGACUCUGGCCCUCUCGCCAGUGACCUUCUAUGCGAUGGGGUUCACCAUUGGCCCAAUGUGCACCGCUGCGCUCUCCGAAGAAUUUGGAAGACAGUAUAUCUACAAGGUCUCCCUUCUCUUGCAUCUUGUGCUCACGGUGAUUGCCGGAGCGGCGAGGAAUUUUUACACCAUUGCCCUAUGCCGAGCUCUUGCCGGCCUGGUGGGAUCUCCAGCCGUGUCGGUUUUUGCUGGCGUCCUGAACGACCUGUGGGAAAUGCCUGAAGAUCGGCUCGCCGUGCCCCUCUUUGUUCUCUACGGCCUAGGCGGGGCGAUCGCACCAGAGAUUGGGCCAGUGGUGGGCGAGGCGAUUGUGGCAUCGUCUGGUUGGCGCUGGACCUUCUGGCUGACCGCGAUCCUCGUUGGGGCGUGCUUUCUGGCCAUGCUAUUUGUGCCAGAAACCUUUGAGCCGGAGAUUAAGCGGAAGGCGCUGAAUCUCCCGCGGGAAGGUUGGCUAGAGGCCCUGACAGCAUCUUUCAAGCGACCAAUGCACAUGCUCCUGGUGGAGCCGAUUAUCUUUCCUACUGCCGCGAUUGUCACUGUGAGCCAGGUCGUCAUUUUCAUUCUCUACGCCGGCUAUCCUGUCGUCUUGGAACGUGUGUAUGGAUUUACUUCCUAUCAAGUGGGAUUGGCGUUCUUGCCACUCUUGGUGGGAUCUCUGCUGGCCGCACCGGUUCUGUCUUGGGUAGAUCGACACAAGCGGGCCCUUGCUAGUCCGGCCCCCGAAGAUAAUCUGCCUGGGGCAAUGCUGGCGGCUAUUCUGCUGCCGAUAAGUUUAUUUUGGUUGGCGUGGACCACCCGUCCAACUAUUCACUGGGCCUGGCCCCUCCUAGCGGGAAUUCCGUAUGGUCUUGGAUUUGCGCUUUCACAGUUGGUCUACCCACUCUACAAAAACGAGGUCUACUGCCAAGUCGGCCUCGGGGCUUCGUCCUUAGCUGUUGAUGUCUUUAUGCGCUAUGCCAUCUCCUGUGUAUUCCCGCUAUUCACUAUUCCACUAAUUGAUGAAAUCGGCUUUGACUGGGUCAUGACCGGAUGUGGACUGGUAAUGGUUGCACUUGCACCCGUCCCUUGGUUACUACGAAAGUACGGGCCUUUGUUACGCAGUCGGAGCUUUUAUCUGAAUCGAAUCAAUCCAAAGAAGGAUCUAUCCGAAAUGACACAAGCUUAA